UUGUCAUGGUAACAUGAAGGCAGUUCCGUAAACACAGCGGCAAACUGAAUAGCUCGUCCAUGUGAAUCUUUAAUCUUUUAAUACUAAUGUAGCUAAUGUACAGUCGGAAAACAGCUUGUCAUAGACGAAAAGUUCACAUUUUGAAAAAACAAAAUGUUGAUCAGUCAGAGAAAUAAGCCACGAUGUCGAGAAUUCACGGGGCCAACUCCGCAUUCAGUAGCUGUGAGGGCCAGAGCCCCCUCAUCGCGGCCCCCAGACCACCUCAUCCUGGAGAGACGGAGGCAGGAGGCAGCCAGGGACAAGUCACUUGAGUUCACCAAGUAUCAGAAGACCUGCGACCUAAAGACCCACUGGGAGAAAAACACGGACCAGCGCAUCGUUUUAGGAACAAUCAAGCGGCGCGUCGACAACGCUAUGGAGCGCUACCAGCUGGACGUCGACGAGAGGCGGGAGAAGCUGCAGGCUUUACUGGAGGCGGAGGAGGAGGCUCUGCUGAAGGAGAUGGAGACCAGGACGGAGACAAUGCCGGAGAGGCAAGCCAAGAUGCGAGAGAGAGCCAAGCUGCUGAGGGAGAGGAGGGAGAGCGACCGGCAGCUGGUGGUGGCUCAGAAGCUAGAGCAGCAGUUCAGAGAUCGGAGCGAGGAGCUUCGGAGUGUCCAGAGUAAGCGGAUCCAGGACGAGGUGUGCGCCGAGCGGGCCGCUCAGCUGACGAUGCGGGAGGAGGCCUGGAGGCAGCAGGAGGAGGAGGAGAGGCUCUUUGCCGAGCUGUGGGAGGGCGACCGCCUCGCCAAGGAGGAACGGGAGAGCCGGGAUGCGGAGAAGCAGCGGAGGAUGAACCUCCAGCAGGUGGAGUACCUGCGGGUGCAGAUGGAGGCCGUGGAGCAGCAGAGGGGGCAGGCCAGGCAGCUGAAGGAGGAGGAGGCCCAGCUGCUGCUGGAGCAGAGAGAGGUGCUGCGUCUGGAGGAGCAGCGAGAGCGCAGCCAGAAGCUCCAGGGUCAGGAGAGCCGUCGCCGGCUGCUGGACCACUCCCUGCGGCUGAAGAUGAAGCGCCUGGCCAGGGAACAGCAGGAUGAGCUGGCCCUGGACAUGAGCAUCCUGGAGCAGCUGCUGGCAGAAGCCAGGGAUGAGAAACAGGGGGAUGUCAUGAGGAAGCUUGAGCUGAGAGAGGAGCAGAGCCGGUACCGGCAGUACCUGGCCGACCAGCUGAACGAGCAGAAGACACAGGAGGCGCAGAUCGAGCAGGUGAUCGAGGCGGACCUGAAGCAGACACUGGCUCGCAGGGCGGAGCAAAGCCGCCUGGUGAGGGAGGCCAGGGACAGGCUGAUGAAGGAUGUGAUGGAGACUCGCCGCCUGCAGAUACAGGAGAAGCUGGAUCUGAACAUGCAGAAACAGGCUCAGCUGGCCCAGGAGAGAAACGAGCUGAACAAAUCCAUUGAGGAGGACAAAAUGUUAGAUAAAGAGCAGAAACAACGCCUGAAGCAGGAGUCCCAGGACCACCAGGCCGACCUGCUGGCCCAGAUGAUGCACCAGCAGCAGCUGCGGGACAAGGAGGAGGCUGAGGCGGAGAGGGAGUACCAGCGAGGCCUGGUCGACCAGGAGCACUACAACAACAAGAUACAGGACAUCCUCUCCGGGCCCACCUCACUCAGCAGGCCUGUGCACCCCUUCAGAAGAACCCAGAGCUCCACCUCCAGAUCUGGAAGGAUCUAGAAGGAUCUGGAAGGAUCUAGCUAGUCUGAAGCCAAAGCAGGUGGAAUGUGACAGGGAUCACCCCCCCUCCCUAAGAACCCCCUUACAUACACAUGAUGAUCUGGCCUGUGCUUAGCUUCAACCCCGUCUACACAGAUCGAAAGGUAACCUGUCCAAAUUGAAUGGUAAUAAAUAUGUUUACACUGAAUGCCGAGUUUGAAGAAGUUGUUUUCUAACUGUGUUGUUUAGUCUCGUAGGCUUGUGUUUGGGUUUGCUGCUGUUGUGACUUCA